AAUUGAGCGAGCAGGAGCUGAGCUGGGCUGUUCAUCCCCCUUCUGCACAUACAACCACGAUUGUUACAACUUUGCAUGAAAUGAAUCCAGUGAAUCCCGAACCAGAAAUACCUGCUACUGAUCUUAUCAAUUCAAUAUUGAGCGCACCCGGGAGCUACAGUGAUGUAUACAAGUGUACAUUGACGACCGGCAGCGAAAGCACUCUCGUCGCAGUAAAGUUCAUCCGAUUUGGCAGGCACAAAGAAUAUUACGAUCGAAUCUUGAGAGAGAUACACUUGCGCAGGAGACUUAAUCACCCAAAUAUCAUUCAGUUGUUAGGUACCACUGGAGAUUUCCAAGAUGGUAACUUCCCUUCGCUUGUGUUCCCCUGGAUGCCAAGUGGAGACCUCGAUUGCUACAUCGCGUACCACGGAGCAGGAAUCGAGGCAUCACUCAAGUUGUCCUUGGCUCGCGAUAUCGCCUCCGGAGUCACUUAUCUCCACGAGUCCCAUGUGGUUCACGGUAACUUAGAGAGUAAAAAUAUUCUCAUAGGCCCAGAAAAUCGAGCAUAUCUGACCGGUUUCUCUUUGGCAACCGACCUUGAUAAACCCUUCACAACACCCGAGCCUGGUGGAGUGCGAUUUGCUGCUCCUGAAUGCUUCAUCAAUAAGAAAGGCAACAGUUCAUUGUCUAUCAUCAACAGGGAUAUAUACUCAAUCGGCUGUAUCUUACUUCACGUUUUCUCGGGAUGUUUGCCAUGGCAUGAUUCAAGAUCGAGUGACAUUAUCAACAGACUUCGACAGCGUCGUAUGCCGCCACGUCCAGUGGGUGGCGGUAUCGAUGAUUCCCUAUGGAACUUUAUCACACGCUGCUGUUCCUUCAUACCGCGCGAUCGGCCAUCCGCAACACAAAUCCUCGAAUUUCUCAAAUAUCAGUACAAGCCCAGCGAGGUCGAUAUCUCUUCAGAUGACCUGACAGAGAUGCUCUGCAACCGCCCCCCGUUUCAUACUGUCUCGGGAGGUUUCGCGUACAUAACAAAGUGUACGCUGAAGAGGGAUUGGAACACUAUACAGGUAGCUGCCAAGUCAAUUCGAUUCCAACGCGAUGUUCCAGAUCAAAAGGAGUACUUGCGUGAACGCAAGCUAUGGGAAAGACUUAUGCAAGAAAACAUCCUACCUCUACUUGGAGUUGCGCGAGGUUUUGACGCGGCUCCUGGCUGCGAUGCAUUAGUUUGCCCCUGGAUGGAGAAUGGCACACUUUCAAAGUACAUCGACAGGUAUCCGGCAAUGGAACUACGACAGAAGUUAAAAUUGCUCUGCGACGUUGCCACCGGCCUUCGUUAUCUUCAUUCGCAAGGCAUUGUACAUGGAGAUUUGACAGAUAAUAACAUCCUCGUGGAUGUCAACGGACGCGCAGUGGUCGCUGAUUUUGGCCUGUCUUUCCGAAUAUCGGAACAUACUGGGAGUUACCCCGUCACCGCGGCUGCACGGUGGAUGGCACCAGAACUGGCAAUGGAUGACUCAACACCGUCAAUACACAGCGAUAUGUAUUCCUUUGGUUCCAUCAUGAAUUACGUCAUCUCUGGUGCACUUCCCUUUGCGUCUGACCCAAUGCCAGAUACCGCCAUUUAUCGAGGAAAAGCACCCUGCACAAUCCGAGGCAAUAAUGUAUCUCAAAAGCAUUGGGAUUUUAUCCAACGAUGCUGGGGACACAUAGCUUCUUCUCGCCCAUCCGCUGAAGAAGCUUGUGAAUUACUGCGAAGCGAACCUGAUUCAAACUUUUAAUCGCAAGAUAGGUCUACGUCCCCCUGAGUCCUUGGGGCAUAAUUUACAUGCACCCUUUCUCCUGUACCUAGGCUGUACAUUACAAAUAUCUUUGAGAUAGAUUUAUAUAUAACCUGAUGGUGUCCACUGCCAAUGCGUCGACUCUCCACAGCCCUGCAAAGGAAAAUGCCACUGAUCAAUGAUCAUAAGCCGCAGCGGUGCAGUCUUUCUUGAAUAGGCUGGGUUUCUAUACCGAUACAACCUCCUGCCAU